AUGUCACGACUGUCGUGCAGCGGCUCAGAAGUCAAGGCAGAGACUACCGUGCGAAACGAGAUGCAUUACGUCUGUUGUCCGAACAACUACACUCUUUUAAACUUUACUUUGUUCCUGAGGCGUCGUCCUCUCUUCUAUCUUGUGAAUCUUGUCAUUCCAACCUUUAUCAUAACCUUGAUUGCCAUUACUGGUUUCUUUACAACAAGCUCGACGACUGGUGUUCGUGAGGAGAAGAUCUCCUUAUGUAUCACGAACGCUACUUUCGAUGUCCAUCUUAAUGUUGAUGGUUUCGGAUCAGAUGCCAUCAACCAGCACUUUUAUACCAUUGAUAAGUAA